UCAAGGGUACCACAGCCAGAGGUGGGAUUCGAACCUGUCACCUUUGGGUAGAAGGGCAGAGGCUGUGACCACAACGCUCCCAGGUGUGCCCUGUACACACCUGGCUGAUCUAGGCCGAACUGUGAAAGGUGCCUCUGUUCGGCUGUCUGUGGGAGCCAUGGAUCUGGUCCAGUUCCUGGUGUCCCUGCUGGACCUGCACAAGCAGCAGCUGCAGGUUCUGACCCGGCAGGGCGAGAUCCAAGGCGAGGUCCUCGCUCAGCUGCUCAAACAGGACCAGUGCGAGAAGCUGUGCUCGUUAAGCUUCGCCAACAGAAAGCUGCACAUUCCCAGGAUGAACAUGGAGGACAUGGACACCGAGGCAUACUUGGUGCUCUUUGAGCAGGCGGCUGCCCGCUGCAGGUUGCCCCGAGAGCAGUGGGGCAUUAAGCUGGCAGAGCUGCUCUGUGACAUGGACGCUGAGACCUUCCCCAUGUCCCAGUUUCAAAAUUACGAUGCCCUGAAAAAUACACUGUUGAGUCAGGCGCAAGCAGUGGAAGACCAGUGUCGCAUGGAUUUCCUUUCCGUAAAGUACGACCCACAGAAGGGGGUCCGGUACCUGGGAGAGAACCUGGACUUGGCUGCCAAACGUUGGCUUCGGCCGGAGCGAAGGACGUCCGCUCAAGUUGAGCAGUUAGUUGCCGUCGAGAAGUUCAUCUCUCUUCUGCCAAAGGAAGCUGGUGUCUGGGUGCACAGACGGCAUCCACGGGACAUGGAGGAGGCUAUUUUCAUGGCGGAGCAAUACCUCGACUGCUCAUCGCCCAAGGACUCUUCUACGAAUGUCUCCGCUGAUGCUCCGGGCGAAAUGACCGGCCGUCUGAAUGACACAGCGGAAGCAACGGAUGCUAAAACUCGAAAAACCAGUGUUAAUGUGGACAUCAAAGAAUCUUUCAUCAGAUCUACCCAAAAAAAGCUGGACAUAAUGAAAAAGGAGUCGGUCCAGUUCAAUGCAGAAAUUCCUGAGAUCCAGGUGGUGUGUCUGGAGAAUGAGGAUGUGCUGGGAAUCUCAGUCCCUGUAUUUAAAGAAGAAGUGAGUGAACAAGAUAAUUUGGGCUCGUUUGAGAUGCUCCAAUCUUCUGAAGUUCAUGAGCUGCAUCAGCAAGACUCUGCCUCUGCUGUCUUCCCAUCGCCUUCUUCCUCCCUGGGUUUGGCCAUUUCUGACCUAAGUGCAGCUGCAGCACCGCAACCUUCCAUGCCUCUGUCAGUGCCGCUGCCACCUGAGCGCUCCCUUCCGCAUUCCCAGGGAGCUGAACAUAAAACAAGUGACAAUGAUAAGUGGGACAACCUUAAAUGUAGCGAGAGUCGACGGGCCUCUUUUCCCAAAUCAAUUCAAAAGACAUGUUUACCCAAAAUAAAACGCAUGGAUCACUUCAGCAACACUUUGUGGGAUCGUGGCAAGCUGGAUUACCACCAGAAGACCUACGCAGGCGAGCGCACGCAUCACUGUCCGGACUGUGGACGCACCUUCACCCAGGUCAGCAGCCUCCAGGAACAUCGCAAUAUUCACACCGGCGAGAAGCCUUUCCGCUGUGAGGUGUGUGGAAAGGCCUUCCAUCACAGACGGACGCUCAACAAGCACAGUCGGGUCCACUCCAGGGAGAGGCCUUUCCACUGCACCCAGUGCGGUUCAACGUUCAAACUGAAAGAUGCCCUUAAGAGACACCAGAUGACUCACAAUAAGGAAAAAUACAGCAAUAGCUGUGCAGUAAAACCUGACUUUCAGAAACUUGCGGAGUUUCACUCUCUGGCUGAACAGUUCUUUCAAACUACUUAA